AUGACGGCGUCGACGUCGAACGACAAUGCCACCAACCCCUACUCCAGCUUGAUCGACCAGGAGAUCGCAGUCCUCCCGACCUUCACCUUCGAGUCAGGUGUUGCGCUUAACGACGUACCGGUUGCCUACAAGACAUGGGGCAAGCUCAACGCCGCGCGCGACAACUGCAUGGUCAUCUGCCAUGCGCUCACCGGCAGCGCCGAUGUUGAGGACUGGUGGGGACCUCUUCUUGGACCCAACCGAGCCUUCGACCCUACGCGCUUCUUCAUCUUCUGCGGCAAUGUCAUCGGCUCGCCGUAUGGAACCGUCUCUAGCGUCACCACCAACCCUGCGACCGGCCGGCCCUAUGGCCCCGAGAUGCCAGGCAGCACCGCGAAGGACGACGUGCGGCUGCACUACCAGGUGCUCAAGCAGCUGGGCGUCGAGUCGGUUGCCGCAGUCAUCGGUGGCUCGAUGGGCGGCAUCACCACCCUCGAAUGGCCAUUGAACACUCCCCCCGGAUUUGUCAAGGCGAUUGUGCCCCUCGCCACUUCCGCCAGGCAUUCGGCAUGGUGCAUUUCUUGGGGCGAGGCCCAGCGCCAGUCCAUCUACUCGGACCCCGACUACAAGGAUGGCUACUACUACGACAACCACGGCGAGGUCGACAUGUCGGCGCAGCCGACCCGUGGUCUCGCCGCCGCACGCAUGGCCGCACUGUUGACGUACCGUAGCCGAGACUCGUUCGAGUCUCGUUUCGGUCGGAAGCAGGGCAACGGAAGGCGGGGGAGCAAGAUCCCGCACGGCGGUGUUCGUGUCAUGGGAGGCUCGGAGACUACCAACCCUUCCGACCCGUCGACUGCCGAGCUUGACCGCUCGUCGGCGUGGCGGGAGCACAACGAUGGUCACCGCUCGUUCCCGACCGCGCACCGCGACAGCCGGGCUCCCUCGCCGACCAAGGAGGACGGCACGCCUUUGACGCCGCAAAGCUUGUCACCGUCGUCGUCGCACCACACUGUCAACGGUAACGGGAACGGAGACGUCGCACCUCUUACAUCACUUGACUUGGGUAUCCCUAGCGGCAAGCCGAAGCUUGGCACCGGAGGCGACCGGGGUGAAACCAAGAUCUUCAACGCUCAGAGCUACCUUCGGUACCAGGGAGACAAGUUCACAUCGCGCUUUGACGCCAACUGCUACAUCCACAUUACGCGCAAGCUCGACACGCACGACUUGUCACAUCCGUCCGUGUUCCCGGGUGGUGUGUCGCACGAGUUGCCGACAGUGGUCAGCGACGACGACGACGAGAUUGAGGCGGCGUUGUUCAACGCCCUUUCCCACGAGCCGCCCGCGCUGGUGAUUGGCAUCGAGUCGGACGGCCUCUUCCAGCCGUCGGAGCAGCGCGAGCUGGCCGCGCACAUCCCCGACGCCGAGCUCGUCAUCAUCCCGAGCCCGGACGGCCACGACGGCUUCCUGCUCGAGUUUGAGGCCAUCAACGGCUGGGUCGACGGCUGGUUGCGGCGCAAGGUGCCCUCGCACUACGGCGAGCGCGUCAUCAGCCUCGACGAGUGGAACAAGGACGAGGACGAGGGCUUUGCCGUCAAGAAGGAGUCGGUGUUUGGCGAGGCCGAGGCGGACGUUACCCGGUGGUAA